CACGUGACCGUGAGCACGGUGUCCUCGGUGGCUGGGGAAGGAGGCGGAGGCGGGCGCGGCUGCCCCGAGGCUUCGGCCCCUUCCCCGGCCCCUGCAGCCGCCUCCGCCCCCGCAGCUUCUCCUCCCGGGACCGGUAAAGGGAUUGAUCUGUGAUCACUACUUGGAUGAAUAUGAACAUUUCUUAGGAGACCCGAAUUUUAAAUCUCUAUAAAUGAAUAAACAUAUUCAAUAUAAUUUGGAGUGAUGCUCAAAUUCCAAGAAGCUGCCAAGUGUGUGAGUGUAUCAACAGCUGUUUCCACUCACUCAAAGACUUUGAUUGCAAGGAGAUACGUGCUUCAGCAGAAACUUGGAAGUGGAAGCUUUGGAACAGUUUAUCUGGUUUCAGAUAAGAAAGCAAAACCAGGAGAAGAAUUAAAGGUUUUGAAGGAAAUCUCUGUUGGAGACCUGAAGCCAAAUGAAACAGUUCAGGCCCAUUUGGAAGCCCAGCUCCUCUCCAAGCUUGACCACCCAGCCAUCGUCAAGUUUCAUGCCAGCUUUGUGGAACGAGAUAACUUCUGCAUCAUCACUGAGUACUGUGAGGGUCGAGAUCUGGACUGUAAAAUUCAGGAGUACAAAGAAGCCGGAAACACCUUUCCUGAAAGCCAGAUAAUAGAAUGGUUUAUCCAGCUGUUACUGGGAGUUGACUACAUGCAUGAAAGGUACCGUUGCCAGCCUCUGAGAAUACUCCAUAGAGACCUAAAAGCAAAGAAUAUUUUUUUGAAAAAUAAUCUACUUAAAAUUGGGGAUUUUGGAGUUUCACGACUUUUAAUGGGAUCGUGUGACCUGGCCACAACUUUCACGGGGACACCUUACUACAUGAGCCCAGAAGCGCUGAAACAUCAAGGUUAUGACACCAAGUCUGACAUUUGGUCACUGGCAUGCAUUUUGUAUGAACUCUGCUGCUUGAAUCAUGCUUUUACUGGUCACAAUUUCUUGUCCAUUGUUUUAAAAAUUGUUGAAGGUGAAACACCUUCUCUUCCUCCAAGAUAUCCACAGGAACUGAAUGUCAUCAUGCAAAGCAUGUUGAACAAGAGUCCUUCACUGAGACCGUCAGCAAUAGAAAUUUUAAAAAUCCCUUACCUUGAUGAACAACUAAAGCUCAUGAUGUGUAAAUAUUCCAACAUGACUCUGGAAGACAAGAACUUGAACUGUCAGAAGGAAUCAGCUCAUCUCAUUAAUGCUGUGCAGAGGAAGAUCCAUCUCCAGACCCUGCGGGAGCUGUCUGAAGUACAGAAAAUGACUCCGCGAGAGAGGAUGAGACUAAGGAAGCUGCAUGCGGCUGAUGAGAAAGAAAAGAAGCUGAAGAAAUUAGCUGAAGAAAAAUACAAGGAGAACACCAAGCGAAUGCAGGAACUGCGAUCCCGGAAUGUUCCACAGUCGAGCAUUGAGGUGCUCCGUGAAUCUGAUGAACAGGCUUCAGGACACCUGACUGAAUCUGAGCCAAAUGAAGAAGAGAUGCUGGCAGAGCUUUCCCUGACUUAUUCUCAGCCAGUCGCCUCUCAGAGCUCUGCAGGACAGGAGCCAAACCAAGGGGAAACUUCAAAUCCACUGUCCACAUAUGAACUGGAAGAUCAUGAGAUCCCAGAAGAUCCCUUAGAAGCUGAAGAGUAUUAUGUGGAGGUCUUUGAUUCCUGUUCUGAAGCAAGUGAGAAGGAUGAAAUAGAAGAAGUGAUCGAGGUGGAGGAAGAGGAGGAAGAAGUGGUGGAGGAGGUGGUGGAGGAGAUGGUGGAAGAGGAGGAGGAGCUGGAGGAGGAAAAAGCAGAGAGCACAUAUAGGACCAGUCAUCAGUGGCUGCUUGUAACUGGACCACCGCUUUGUCACAACAAUGAUUAUCCCGUCCUUCCUCCUAAUGCCUUUGAAUGCAUUAGCUGUGAAAGCAGAGCUAGAGCGGGCGUCGCUUGCACGGAUGCUGGGAUGAAAAUGAGAAGAUGUCUGGGAAACCUCUGUAAACCGUAAAAAUGCUGCACAGAUAGAAGUCCCUAGUUCUAAUUGGAUUGUGGCCCAUUAAGAGAGAUCCAUCAGGCUGAUUCAUGCUCCCGAGAGAGGGCUAACGUAUAUGGGGGAAAUGUAAACUUCAUCCACCCACAGCUAAGUGAAAGUCAGUCAGUGUGGGCCAGUACCCAGCAAGGCUUCCCCCAAUCCAAAGGACCUAAACUUUGGAGCACAGAGGAGUGGUCCUCCUUUAUAUACUCAGUUGUAUUCAAUUUGUCCUUUAAUCACUUAACCUGAGGGGCAGUGAGGUGGUGCAAUGGACAGAGCACCAGGGCUGGAGACAGGAAAAGCUGAGUUCAUAUGUCGCUUCAGACUCUUCCUAGCUGCGUGACCCUGAGCAAGUCACUUCUCCCUGUUGGCCUCAGUUUCUUCAUCUGUAUAAUGAACCAGAGAAAGAAAGGGCAAACCGCUCUAGGAUCUUUGCCCAGAAAACCCCAAAUGGGAUCAUGAAGGGUCAGGCACAAUCAAAACAACUGAAUGACAAAAAUGAUGACUUGGGACCUGAUAAAGAGCAACGUUAUUAGUGGAUCAGGCAGCAUCGUCCAUAGCAUGUUGGACUUGGCGUCAUGAAAGCUCGAGUUCCAAACCUGCUUUUGGGGACAGCUAGGUGACUCAGUGGAUGGAGAGCCCGAGCCAGAAACGGAAGGUUUAAAUUGGACUUCAGACAGACAGUUCUUAGCUGACUGACACUGGGCAAAUCACCUAACCCCCUUUGCUUAGCCCUUAUUGCUUUAUUGCCUUGGAAUUGGAAAGUAUUGAUUCUAAGAUGGAAGAUAAGGAUUUUUUUUAAAUCCUGCUUUAGGCUCUUACUAGGUACAAGUGUGGGCAAAUCAUAGUUAUCUCAUCUGUAAAAUGGACAUUAAAAUAGCACCUGGUCAAAUAAAAUAAAUUAAAAUUAAAUAAAACAAAAAAAUUAAAUACCACCCCUUAUAGUUCUUUUGGGGAACCUGUGUAAAGUGCUUUGCAAACCUUCAACACUAUGCAAAUCUUUUCUAGUUACUAUUAGUAUGACUUUCCCUUCCCAAUAUUAUUUAUGUGGGAGAGAAUUUACUGGGGAAUUCACUACAAGAUUAGUUUUUGGAGUAGUGGAAAAACACAAGCUUGGUCUAGUAGAAAAAAGGGACCUGCUUGAAAUCCAAAAACCUGUGUUUAAAUCCUAGCUUUGAUUCUUCCUAACUGUGUAACGAUCAUUUAGUGCCCCAAAGAACUCGCUCCCCAAGACUGUUCAUUUAGAGGACAAUUGCUGGUUCACUAUUGGGAGGAAUGUGUGGUGUUUCCCCCUAGGACACUCUGAAACCAAGGAAAAUACAAGUAUCUUGUUUUCUGCUGAUGAAUCCUGAAGACUGGCCAGAGAAAUUCCAUUUUGCUCUUUCCUUCAUGAGAUUCAGUUUUAGCUUCUCUCAUUUUUUUCAUCCAGUUCUUCCAGUGUUGGUUCAGUGAGCUCCCAGCCAUCCAGAGUAGCUUUCUUGCUUCUUUUUACUUUUAUAUAGACCGAAAAGCACUCCUUUCUGAAGAAGAGAUUUUCACAAGGUAGAGAAAUGAACCGAAUUCAAAUCAAUUCAGUAAGCAUUUUUAAAACACUUACUAUGUGCCAGACUCUGGGGACAAAGACAAGAAUGAAAGGAUGCCCAAAAGUUGUUGUAUAUUAAAGGAUUCCCUUUGGGAAAUGAAACUUUUUUCUCUUACAUUCUUUAGGAAAAAUAACUCUCGAAUUUCAUGUUCUCUGAUCAUUCUUCAAUCGACCAUUAGCCUGAGAUUAUAUAAAGCAACAACUAAGAAGUGAAAUGUUGGAGUGGAGAAGAUUGAUUAGGACUUGAGGAGGCUCUCCAGAUUGCUGGAACUGAAUGGAUUUUAGCUCCUAAAAAAAUCCAUUGCGGCAUGCUGGCAUGAUUACAUUAUGAUGUGGCUUCAUCAGCCUCAUUGGUUUUCCUUCUCAUCCUUUAAGUUUUUAAACCCCCAUCCAGAAUCUGGAAGAUUCUGUUGCUAAAACAUCAAAAAAACAACCACAUAAAAAAACCCCACAACCCAAUCCAACCUCUCCAGCCUGCUCUAAAGAGGAAAGGAAGCUGCAGUUGGCUUUGACUAAUAUAGAACAAAUGAGACAUGGACAGUGAACUCAGUCUGACAGUCUGCUCUCAGUGACUCAGAAUUCAGGGACCAAUGUGUGGUUGGGGGUGUUUGUCUACAGCCCUGUUUUGCAGAGACGGGGCUCUGGUUUUUCUUUCCCCAUUGCAUGUCCCUAAAACCUCUCUCUCUUUAGUGAUAGAUCAUAAGACCCUGGGCUCGAGAGCAGUCCCAUUAUUAUAUGGUUCUGGGCUAAUGAGCAGCUCACAUCUUUUUCAUGAAUUAUGAAUUAAUCAGGGAUAAUCAGGGACCUUGGCAUCGAAUGAAACAAAGCUCUUGGAUUAAAACAGAAGAGGUGUUUCUGAACAUAAAGCCAUGGGAUAAGGACACCUUAAGCUUCAGCCUCAUUUUCUGUGUAUUGGAGAACUUUGACAAAAUUUGUUUAGAGAAAGGGGAAUCAGGAAUAGAGUAGUGCCUGGAGUAUGCAACUAAACAAACAAACAAACAAAUAAAUAGAAAUAAAAUGAAUAUAAUGUAAAUAAGCAAUAAACAAUGUAAA